GUCACACCACGCUCACCGGCUUUCAUAUAAGCAACUGCAUUUUUUCAUUUAUUCUUAAUUUAAAAGUGCAAAAUGAAGCUUGCUCCAACUGUUAAGCUGAACAAUGGCUACGAGAUGCCAAUUUUGGGUCUCGGCACCUACAAUUCCAAGGACAACGAAGGCGAGGCCGCUGUGAAGCACGCCAUCGAUGUGGGCUAUCGCCAUAUAGAUACGGCUUAUUUCUACCAAAACGAGGCCGAAGUGGGCAAGGCGAUUCGGGACAAAAUCGCAGAGGGCGUGGUCAAGCGAGAGGAUAUAUUCCUGGUCACUAAGCUUUGGAACGUUUUCCACGAUCCUGAGCGUGUUGAGUGCAUUUGCCGCAAGCAGCUGAGCAAUUUCGGCUUGGAGUACAUCGAUCUGUACCUGAUGCACAUGCCAGUGGGCUACAAAUAUGUUGAUGAGAACACUCUGAUGCCGAAGAAUGAGGACGAUGUGCUUCAACUAAGCGAUGUGGACUAUCUGGAUACCUACAAGGCCAUGGAAAAGCUGGUGAAACUGGGGCUGGUCCGCAGCAUCGGAGUUUCCAACUUCAAUAGCGAGCAGCUGGCACGUGUUUUGGCUAACUGCGAGAUCAAGCCCGUCACUAACCAGGUGGAGUGCUCUCCUGCCCUCAACCAGAAGGCUUUGACAGCCUUCUGCAAGAAGAACGACGUCACUUUGACGGGCUACACGCCAUUGGGAAAGCCCAAGCCGGAUAUCCAGAAGCCGGACUUUAUCUAUUCCCCGGAGGUGGCUGUUAUUGCCAAGAAAUAUGGCAAGACUGCACCGCAGAUUGUUCUGCGCUACCUGGUUGGUCUGGGUGUCAUUCCCAUUCCCAAGUCAUCGAAUACUAACCGAAUUUCUGAAAACUUCGAUAUCUUCGAUUUUGAGCUGACGGCCGAGGAAAUGGCCGUUCUCGAUGGGUAUCACACUGGCGAACGUGUGGUGCCAUUAAAUUUGAUCAAGGGUCUGAACCACAAGUACUAUCCCUUUUCAAUUGAGUUUUAAAACCAAAAGAGUGCCUUGUUGCUGUAGCACAAAUAUAAUAUAAUAAAUUUGUUACACAUAUGUAGAUCUAUGACAACAA